AUGCACCUAGCUGUAGAUGUUCAACAGACUGAAUUGACCUCUCCAACAGAGUCAAAGCUCUGUAACCUGCACUGGUGUCAACAUCACACCCACAGCAAUCUGCGUCUUUUAUAUCUACCUCUCUUUUUCUCUAUUUCUGUCUCUUUCUCUCUCUCUCUCUCUCUCUCUCUCUCUCUCUUUUCUCUUUCUCUUCUUGAGAAAAACAUAGAAAGAGAGAGAACGAGUUUUCAGAAACUCUUUAUUCUUUUAUCUCACACACUCACUGACUCUAUCUCUCUUUCUCUGUCUCUUUCUCUUGCUGAGAAAGAGAAAGUUUUUAGAAAUCCUUUAAUCUUUUAUUUCACUCAACCUCUCUCUCUCUCUCUCUCUCUCUCUCUCUCUCUCUCUCUCUCUCUUUCUGUUUCUCUUCCUGAGAAAGACGGAGAGAGUUUUCAGAAAUUCUUUACUCUUUUAUAUCGCUUUUAG